GUUCAUUCUCAGGGAAGAUCGGAAGAACGGAAUAAUGGUACACAGUGCCUACGAUUCAUUUGAGCUCCUCUGCGACUGCCCCACAAAAAUCGAUGCUAUCGAAUCGUAUGGUUCCAGGCUUCUUCUCGGCUGCUCCGAUGGAUCCCUCCGUAUUUAUAGCUCGGAAGCCUCCGGCUCUGACCGAUCUCCAACGCCCGAUUACCACGACAAAGACCUCGAGCUUCGGAAGGAACCGUAUGCACUGGAGAGGAACAUUCCGGGAUUCUCCAAGAAGCCUCUGGUGUCAAUGGAGGUAGUGGAGUCGAGGGAGCUGCUUCUGUCGCUCUCCGAAUCAAUCGCGUUCCACAGACUCCCCAAUUUGGAGACCAUUGCUGUGAUCACCAAGGCCAAAGGCGCCAAUGUGUACUCAUGGGAUGAUCGCAGAGGUUUCCUUUCCUUUGCGAGGCAAAAGCGGGUUUGUAUCUUCAGGCAUGACGGAGGAAGAGGAUUUGUGGAGGUCAAAGAUUUUGGGGUCCCAGAUUUAGUGAAGUCCAUGUCCUGGUGUGGUGAGAAUAUAUGUCUGGGGAUUAGCAAAAAGUACAUGAUACUAAAUGCUACCAAUGGUGCAUUGACUGAGGUAUUUCCAUCUGGGAGGCUGGCCCCGCCUUUAGUCAUCUCUCUUCCCUCUGGAGAACUUCUGCUUGGGAAGGAGAAUAUUGGUGUUUUUGUUGAUCAAAAUGGGAAACUUCUUCAAGCAGAGAGGAUUUGUUGGUCAGAGGCUCCAACAACUGUUGUCAUUCUGAAGCCUUAUGCAAUAGCUCUGAUGCCAAGACGUGUUGAGAUUCGCUCUCUACGAGUUCCGUAUCCAUUGAUACAGACUGUUGUUCUUCAAAAUGUUCGCCAUCUCACCCGAAGCAACAAUGUGCUAAUUGUUGCACUAGACAAUUCAGUUUAUGGGCUUUUUCCUGUUCCUCUUGGUGCACAGAUUGUACAGCAAACAGCAUCUGGAAAUUUUGAGGAAGCCUUGGCAUUGUGUAAGAUGCUUCCACCAGAAGAUGCUAGUCUUCGAGCUGCGAAGGAGGGCUCAAUUCACAUAAGAUAUGCUCAUCACCUUUUUGAUAAUGGAUGCUAUGAGGAAGCUAUGGAACAUUUUUUGGCAUCUCAAGUGGAUAUGACAUAUGUGCUUUCUUUAUAUCCAUCUAUCAUACUACCCAAAACAGCUAUAAUUCCUGAACCAGAGAAGGUCAUGGACAUAUCUUGGGAUGGUCCAUAUCUUUCAAGAGGUUCAUCUGCUUUGUCAGAUGAUAUGGAAUUCUCACCUCCACGACAGCUAUCAGAGUCUGAUGAGAAUGCAGCCCUUGAGUCCAAGAAAAUGAGCCACAAUUCACUUAUGGCUCUCAUAAAGUUCUUGCAGAAGAAGAGAUACAGUAUAAUAGAAAAGGCGACUGUUGAGGGGACAGAAGAAGUUUUGGGUGCAGUUGGAGAUAAUUUUGCAUCAUAUGACUCCUCUAGGUUCAAGAGAUCAAACAAGGGGCGUGGUAGCACUCCCAUAAAUUCAGGCGCUAGAGAGAUGGCAGCUAUACUGGAUACAGCAUUACUGCAAGCUCUACUUCUCACUGGACAGUUCUUUGCAGCCUUAGAAUUACUGAAAGGUGUAAACUACUGUGAUGUAAGAAUAUGCGAGGAGAUUCUUCAGAAAAACAAUCACUACACUGCUUUGUUGGAACUUUAUAAGUGGAAUUCUAUGCACCGUGAAGCCCUUAAACUUCUGCAUGAAUUAGUGGAAGACUCGAGGUCAGAUCAAUUGCAAGCUGGGGUCACCAAGAAGUUCAAUGCAGAGUCAAUUAUUGAAUAUCUCAAGCCUCUCUGUGCAACAGAUCCCAUACUUGUCCUGGAGUUCUCAAUGCUUGUUCUCGAAAGGUGUCCUACGCAAACUAUUGAGCUCUUUCUAUCUGGAAACAUCCCAUCGGACUUGGUGAACUCUUACUUGAAGCAGCAUGCUCCGAGCAUGCAGGGGAGGUAUUUAGAGCUAAUGCUUGCAAUGAAUGAAAAUGGGAUUUCAGGAAACCUACAAAAUGAAAUGGUACAAAUUUUUCUCUCGGAGGUACUUGACUGGCAUGCUGACUUAACUGCUGAACAGAAAUGGGAUGAAAAGGCUUAUUCACCCACAAGGAAGAAACUAAUAUCUGCUUUAGAGAAUAUCUCAGGAUACAAUCCGGAAGCUUUGCUUAAACGUCUUCCAGUGGACGCUUUAUAUGAAGAGCGUGCAGUUCUGUUGAGGAAAAUGAACCAACAUGAACUUGCCUUAUCUUUGUAUGUUCAUAAGCUUCAUGUUCCUGAACUGGCAUUGUCCUAUUGUGACCGAGUAUAUGAAUCUACACUUCAUCAAUCAUCUGGAAAGCCUUCUGGCAACAUAUACCUCACUCUUCUGCAAAUAUAUUUGAAUCCUCGGAGAACAACCAAGAAUUUUGAAAAGCGAAUUACAAAGAUAGUAUCAUCUCAGAACACAAACACUCUAAAGGUUGGUUCGGGAACUUCGGUUAAAGCCAAAGGAAGUCGUGGAGCCAAGAAAAUUGCUGCAAUAGAGGGUGCAGAAGAUGUGAAGGUCAGCCUUAGUAGCACAGACAGCAGCAGGAGUGAUGGUGAUGCAGAAGAAUUAAAUGAGGAAGGAGGUUCUACAAUAAUGCUUGAUCAGGUCCUUGAUCUAUUGGGCCAGAGAUGGGAUAGAAUCAAUGGAGCUCAGGCCCUCAAGCUCUUACCAAGAGAAACUAAACUACAGAACUUGCUGCCAUUUCUUGGGCCGCUUCUAAAAAAAUCGAGUGAAGCAUACAGGAACUUUUCAGUGAUCAAGAGUUUGAGGCAGAGUGAGAACCUGCAGGUGAAAGAUGAACUCUACAACCAGAGGAAAACGGUAGUAAAGAUCACUAGUGAUACUACGUGUUCUCUCUGCAACAAAAAGAUUGGCACAAGUGUUUUUGCAGUUUACCCCAAUGGGAAGACGAUUGUCCACUUCGUUUGCUUCAGAGAUUCGCAGAGUAUGAAAGCUGUGGCUAAAGGAUCACCGUUAAGGAAGCGUUGAUGUUGGGUAUACGUUCGCUGGUAAAGAGAUUAUUUAAAACUGGACGUUUUGUUCAUGAAUUUCAGAAUUUGAGCUGUAAAAGAAUUUUCAAGUGGCCUCAUUCAUAUCUCCCCAUAUUUUAAGGAGCCCUCAUCAAUGGUGGUAUACUGGUGGUGGCUUCUUAUCAUCAGAAAUUGAGUCGAAAUUGGUUUGUAGAUAGGUUUUUUUUCUUUUUUCAAGAUAGAUUGAUGGUCGCGUGACGCUUGUGUUGUAAUUUGUAAAAGUGUGGUGGUGUGCUCUUCGUGCCUGUUGUAACGAAUGCCUAGUGGUGCAUAACUUCGGUUUCUUUUAAAAGUACUGGAGAGUGGAGGCACCUGUAUCCUAAAUUCACGUCUCUCAUGUAGAAAUUUGUGAAAAAUGGGGAUGAUUGCCUUUCAGGCAACUUGAUUUUACUAAUUUCUUUGGAUUAAGCUC